UAAAUAUUUAAAACUUGUUUCUUGUGCUUGUAGACUGUGCAUUUAAAAUGAGUAUUCUUAAUUCUUAGUCACACACAUCACUUAAAUACUUUGUGGCGUCGCGCUUCACAUAUAAUUUAAACCCGUAAGCCUGCCAGGACACUCAUUUAUAGAAAGUGAAAUUGGCAAGCCGCAUAGUAAAGCAAAGCCAUGAUAAAAUUAAAUUUACUCACACUAAUAUAUAUUUAUAGUAACUUAUAUCAAACAGGAAUAUGCGAAAUUAUUUAUACUAAUGAUAGAAAAUACGAAGUAAUACAUUUUCAAAUUCCAAAGACCAUUUGGAAGCAAGCAUUAAAUCCUACGCCAGUUUUAAGACAACAAGCGACUGUCGUGCUACCUAUACAUGUAGCAGUUGACGAUACAAACGACGUGGAAGAAGACGAAGAAGAUUUAGAAGUAACAGAGCCAAAUAUAGUGCAAGCAGUCAGUGAACCAGUGGUCCAAGAUGUAGUAACUGCAACCCCUGCAGUUGUACCUAACAUAACAGAGGCACCUAUACUCGAUGAAGAAGCUUCCACGACAGUGACGCCAGAUAAUGUAAACGGUUCUGUAUUUAGAUUCCCUUGUUCAUGUGUUCGGGGGCAAUGCGGGUGCUGUACGGGAACUAUUAUGGAAAGAUUUAGGAUGAAGGCAUGUGGCAAUAUAAGCUUUGUACCUGAAGAUUUUGUAUUUGAUGUCAGAAUGAGUGUUAAUAAUCGGACUGUCCUUCGGCGAAGAGUUUCAGCUGACAACCCACCUCCAAUUUGCUUCAAUCCUGGUAGAGCACCUUUCGUCCGUAUCUGCGCAGAACUCUCAAAUAUUAGGAUCCGUAAUAAUAACGCGUUCGCUUGUUUGGAUAUAACUGCGGAUAUUGCUGGGUUUCAAAUAUAUUCCGCUUCCUUUAGAUGUUUCGGAUUAGGUACAAAGGGCCUACAAACUGGACUAAAUCCAAAGCCAAUAUCAUCAGGUCCCGCUCCCGUAAGUCUUUUUGGUAAUAACGAUGACGACGACGACCGCGAUGGCUUCCUCUCCAAUGUUGCUGGUGGCAUCUUUGGCGGAGGGGAUGAAGGGGGAUUAUUUGGUGGGGGUGGAGGAAUCUUUGGAGGUGGUUCUGAUAACGAUGAUGACGAUGGAGGACCGCUAGAUGAUAUAGGAGAUGCGGUUGGAGGUUUAUUUGAUGGAAGACAAUUAAUAUAA